AUGAAUAUGAUAAGACAUAGACAAGGCUACAGCCUCAGAAAGAGUGAGAUGAAUUUCUCCGAGAUCCACUCCUUGGUAGACGCAUAGCCCGCAUGAUGUACUCAUACAUGACACAUACUUUGCAGAGAAACAGAGCUAAUAGAAGUUCGUAUCCUAAUCUACCUCUCUGCAUGAGACACGCAUCGGGGAUGGUAGUGCUGGUUCGCGUACUGCCUCACAUAUUGCUCUCGUUGUUGAUAUGUAUGUACCUACUCGUAAAUAUGCAGACUUACUCUAUAUGAUUUUCUCCAAGACUGCACUAAGACUACGAUAUCAGCUACUGUGUG